AUGCUGUGCUUUAACUGCAGUGACUAUGGACACACAAGCAAGAACUGUAAGAAAGAAGCCGUUUGCUUCAACUGCUCCUUGCAGCACACCGUUGAGCCGUCGGAAGGUGGACGAUGCAUUUUGGACCCGUAUUGCAAGCACUGUAAGGGGGCUCAUCCAGCUACCAGCAAGGAAUGCCCUAAGUACAAAAAGGAGGUGGCAAUAAUCAAGAUCCAGGUAGAAACGGGAGUCACGUUCGCGGAAGCGAGACGAGAGUAUGAAAAGCGUAACCAAGCACAUGGAUUACCCACCCACGCUGAAGUUGUUGGCGCCCAGAAAAGACUGGAAGCCAUUGGUAAAGAUAACGAAAAGGACAACGAGAUUCGCCUUCUCAAGGAAGAAAUUGAGAAAUUGAAGAACACUGCUAUGGACAAAAACAAGGACGAAGUCAUCACUUCUCUAAGGUAUGAACUCGAGCAAACCAAGAGACUGUCAAGCGCCUUGAUGAAGAAGUUGCGCGAAAACAAAUGUGCCAAAAACGACAGCGAAAUUGAAUCGGAUAAAGACAGCUCAGAAAAAGAAGGAUCGCCAAAGCAAGCUAAAUUCGCCAAAGGACAAGCAGGAAAACUGCAGGACAACAUCAGCUCCCAGCCCGAGAAAAACCCCCGCCGUGGUCGUGGAAGGCCACGGAAAACUCCAACACUUGAACCAGGAAAGUUUGAUGCAGAAAUGCACUCCACUUAA